AUGAGAGUACUCAUAAUCGGCGGAGGUGUUGCCGGCCUCGCAUCUGCGCUUGCCUUGACAAAAUGGGACCCCGAGAUUCAACGGAUCACCAUCGCUGAGAUUCGCAACCAACCAACAACUAUCGGCGGCGCUGUCGGCCUCACACCAAAUGCACUGCGCUGCCUUCACCACCUUGGUGUUCUCGAGCAUAUUCGGAGGGGGCAAUCUGGCACAGAAAUCGACCUGAUCGAAAUAUUCGCCAUCCACACCGGGGCGAAACUUGGAGAAAUCAAGUUCAUCGGUCCAUCUGGUGAAGGUGUUGGUGAUCCCAAGCUCAAAGGCCUGCGGAUUAUGCGGGCCGAUCUAAUGCGAGCUCUCCUGGACGCCGUGGAGUUGAACGACAAAAUAACCAUAGAAUACGACCGCAAGGCAUCUCAGAUUGAUACUGAGACCGACGAGGUUAGAGUUUCAUUCGCUGAUGGCCACAGCACGUCCGUAGAUCUACUCCUUGGAUGCGACGGCAUACACUCGUUCACCCGAACGAAUCUUGUUGACAUAGAACGCAUGCCGAGCUACAGUGGAAUUUCUGCAGCCUUUACAGUCGGCGAACUCGACCCAGGAGCCCAUGUUCCAUGGAAAGAUACAGGACUCUGCCAAUCACAAUGGGGCGCGCUGAUGACCACAUACCUGGAACCAACACGAACCAAGCAAUUCAUGGCAGCAAUCAUGGAGACACCAGACGUCAAGUCCAAGGAUGGUUGGCGAGCACGGGCAACAGAGCAGGAGAACAUCAAGAACAACAUCAAGGAGCGGUUCGGAAACAGUGCAGUGAAAUUUCUCGACCCUCUGAUCGAAGCCACUAACCAAUGGACACUAUAUCCUGUCUACAACCUCGCCCCCAAAGGCAAAUGGAGCACCCAUCGAGUGAUGUUACUAGGGGAUGCCGCUCAUGCAAUGCCACCCCAGGGAGAAAGUACGGCACACGCACUGGAAGAUGCCAUCAUCUUCGCUCGGAUCCUGGCGAAGCAUAAAUCAGGUGGGCUGGAUGUGGUUUUCAAGAAGUACGAGGACAUCAGAAGACCAUCCAUCGAUCGAGCAUAUGAGGAAUCUGUCUUUGGGUGGGAUACCCAGAAAGACAGUGGAUGGAUCUCGUUUCUGCUCAAGACUUGGAUGACUUCGGCUUUCUUGUGGUGGACGGCUGCGGCAAGGAGCAAACGAUAUGCAGAGGAUGUGGCAAGCAUGGAACUUGAAUAGAAACUUGAGGAAAGUAAGGUAGGUACUCUAGGUACUA